AGAAGUCCCAUUGUCUGUUCCAUUAAUUUUAUUUUGUUUUGUGCUAAAAGCUUAUAUGUGGAUAACGUAGAUCACUCUGCACACCUUAACAACAAUUUUAUGUUCCAAUGUCCGGCACCGUGGAAGUACCUGAAGCUAAUAAUAGCAAAAUCUCAACCCAUGAGGUUCUGCUUCAGGUUAAAGCCUUACAGGAAAUACGAAAGAGUCUUCGUAAGACCACUUUUAACAUGAAAACUCCAUUAACCGCAGCCAAAGAUGUCGAAGGUCUCAAGAAGGAAUGUCAAGAUGAUGACAAAAAAGAAACAUGGUUCAGAAAAAGAGAUACCAGAAAACAUUAUUUUACCAACUUUAUGUCGGAACUGCUUGGUACAGCAUUGCUAAUGUUCCUGGGAUGUAUGGGAUGUGCACCACAAGCCGACAAUCCUCCAGCAUCACAUUAUUUACCGUCACUGUCCUUUGGAUUAGUUGUUUUAUUGAUCAUUCAGAUAUUUGGCCACAUUUCAGGGGCCCAUCUCAACCCAGCUGUAACGUUAAGUACUGUAAUAUUCAAGAUGCUAUCUCCUGCUAUGGGAGCGGUAUAUAUUAUGGCUCAAUUCCUUGGAGCUACUUUUGGAUUCGCUCUGCUUAAAGUAUUAAUGCCGCAAGAAUGGGUAGUUCCUGGGUUUUGCGCCACAAAACCACAUGCAAAAUCGACAGCAAUGCAAUCGCUGGCUAUUGAAACUAUUAUAACAUGCGUGUUGAUUUUAGUAUGUUGUGGCGUUUGGGAUAAAAGAAAUGCACAUAAGCAAGAUUCAACCCCUGCGAGGUUUGGGUUCAUUAUUGCUGCCAUUGCGAUGGUUGCGGGUCCAAUUACUGGAGCUAGCAUGAACACGGCAAGAUCGUUUGCUCCAGCUGUCUUAGAAGGCGAUUAUUCCAAUCAAUGGAUUUAUUGGCUUGGCCCUACUGUGGGAGCUAUUAUCGGCUGCGGUCUGUACUCGGUUUUAUUUGCAUAUGAAGAGGAAAAAGUAGAAGCUAUUGAAACUGAACUGGAGGAAGUUAGUCACAUGGUAACUGAAAAGCCAUAAUCAUGAUUUGUUGUGAAGUAUGUUGCGAAAUUAUUUAGUUGUAAUCCAAGACUUUUUUUAACUGCUUGAUAAAUCUAAUGUAUGACUUUCGGAUAUACAGGGUGCUCAAGUAAUCUGAACUAUUUAAAUAAAAUUUUAAUAUUUAAGACUUACGCGUGUAUGAUGAUACUUUCAUUUAUGUUCAGUUAUCUAUUUUUACAUUGUAAGGUAUGUUUUAUGAAAAUGUGAUCUUUACUAAUUGCUAUUGAAGUGACAAAGUUAUUUUAUAAAAAUUGUUUCACGUUAUUGAUCAACGAAGCGUUUUAUUGUGAACAUUGUUUGGAAAAAUCUGAGAAUAAAUUAAUAUAUUUUUGUUUA